ACGACAGUGCAUGCGUGGGCAGGGGCAAGAGAGGGUAGAGAAAAAAUGCUUUGUGUCGGCUGCCUUUAACACUUCCGGUUAAUCAUUGAACAGGUCUUUCACUCUAUCUCCCAAGGGAACCGACUCAGAGUUUCGCCGUAGCGAUGCCAGCGACGUCAUUCUACGCCGCGUAGAGAAUGAUGGCUUAUAUCGGAUUUCCAUUUUUACCGGAAGUUUAGACGGGAAGCCUCGCUCUUACUUUUCUUAUCUCUAUAGAGCACCACAGAUGACCUCCAGUGGGAGGCCGCGGCUCGCGCUGCUCGGAUGGUGGGAAGCGGGCGUGACAUUCAAAAGGUCCUUCGACAGGAGGGGGCGGAGCCUCUUCAGGCUCGCGACUGUCACGUGUUUGGAUCCUGUCAGCUAGAGCAAGAGCGAACGUGCACUUCCAUUCUUCUCUGGACAUGAGUGGCGUCUGGCGGCUUUUGCGCUCGCUGAAGCUCCGGUUUUCCGGACCAGCGGAAGAAUAUGUGGGUGCUGACCCCAAGGGGAACAAAUAUUAUCGGAUUCCGAAGCACGAAACCUGGGCAGUCCUCUGCCAACCCUGCUUGGAUAUGGAUAUCUUUGCAGAGGAUCCCUAGUCAAGCUUUACCGACAACACAAUUAAAACAAUAUCUACUAAGAAGGCAGAUCAUUAAGGAGAGAAGAUUUGUGGAACCCUUUGAUAAAGAAUACCAGUAUGAAGCUGGGACAAUACCAAAAGCAUGGGAAGCUUGGAUUAGGAAAAAAAGAAAAGACCCACCUACAUUGGAGGAAGUAUUUAAGAAUGAGAAUUAUGAAGAAGAAAUAAAAAAGAAGAUUGAAGAUAUUUAUGAAAAGGACAGACUCCUGCAGGCUAAAGAAUAUGAAGAGGGACUUGUGGCAGAACCACUUCAAACUCAGAUUAAAGGCCAUGCAUCCUCCCCUCACUAUGGAAAGAAUGAGCCCUCAGAUGAUCCAGUCAGUACAGCAAACACUUUUCAGCCUGGAUCCUGGAUGCCUCCUCAAGACAGUGCCCGUAAUAAAUAAGAGGCCAAUUGUAAUACAUCAGGAAUUAGAUGGAAUAAUUAUGUUAACAAGCGACAGGGUUCAAAAUUAUUUUCUUAUCAUCCAACUAUAUUAUGCCUACAAUAAACAUAUACAUUUGAAAGUUCAACAGCAUUUUUAGAAAUGAUAGAUUCCAUGCACUAUAGCAUCCUGUGUAUUACUAGUGGGAUUGAUUUUGUACAAAUAGAAGCAGUGCUGUUCACACUAAGAUAUAAGAUGUGAUUAAACUUCUGCCAUCUAAAAUUCAUUCUGAGGCAUUUCCUAUUCAUUUCAGCUUAAAUUAAGAAAAUUCAAAUUGAUCUUAGUAGGAAUGCGCAAAAAAUAUUUCCCAUGUGCUCAACUAAUGAAGUCUUAACGUCUGUAAAGCUUUUACUGAGACAAACCAGCAUGAGCUGCACAUGAGUUCACAGCUUCUCCUUUACUAAACUUUCUCACGAGUGAUAAAUCUUCUCAUGGAAGUAGACUAAAAACAUGUUUUAAAAAACAAAACUAAGAUAGUGCUGGUUUUAGAUAUUACUUCUGUACAUAAGUGUUAAUUUGGCUAAAACCUGUAUUUGGUUGCCUGCAAUAAACUGUCAAGAUAGU